UACAAUGAAAUCCAAAUCAUAUGACUUAGACCAGAUGUCUGCAGAUAAAGAUAAGUAUAAUAAAACCUAUGAUUAUUUAUCUCUGUACAAAUCAGCCGGAGAAACAAACGGUGCCUCCAUAAAAUCUGGCGAUGGAAUGGACAAAGAAAAUGGUUUUAUUACAACGAAAUCUGUUAAGCAGAGGCACGAGCGUACUCCGAGUAAAAAGAAGAAAAAUAAACAGGAGCUUUUGGACAUUUCAAGAAUCAAUAUAGAGGGACCCCACGUGGACACGAGUUUCAAUAAAAACACUCCACACAAUGAAUCCAAGGUGACGUCCACUCCUCAGUCGUCUUCAAAAAAAAAGGAUCAAAUGAAGUCGAUUAUUAAGAAUUCGUCGGUAUUGUAUGACUCUUUAGAUAGUUCAAAAAAAUCAAACAAACCGAAGAAAAGAAAUAAGUCUGUAAGCUUCAUGCUGGAUGAGACAGAAGAGGUUGUCAAGAAGAAGACAAAGUCAGAGGAGUCGUUGAAUGUAGACAGAAAGGAUAAAAAAGGAAAACGUAGUAAACAAGACAUAGUUAAACCUGAAAGAAAUCUGGAAGAGAAUCCUAAACUUAAAAAGAAUAAAAAAGUUAAAAAUGUACAGGUGAGAGAUGGUUCGGGUGACAGUAAUAAUAUGGAAGUCAAUAAUGUAGAUAGUUCUGUUGGUAGUAGUGGUCAAAGAGCAAACAGUCAAAAUGGAAAAGUUCAAAAAACUAAGAUAUUUUCAAAGACAAAAUCAAAGAAAAGUUCUGAAAAUACCCCAUCCACUGAAACUGAGAGCAACAAUAAUGAAGAGCAAACAGAAAACAAGCACAAAAAAAAUAAAAAGAAAAAACGAGUAUUGAAAUCAGUGCAGAUAAAUGAAAAUGAGCCAGCGACUAAAACUCGUAAAGUGGAUAUCAAAUCAGAGGUAAUUACUGAAAACUUGGAGAAUCUUAGAAUAGGCGAUAACCCUGAUACACUCUCCAAUCUGCUUGACGAAAUGACAGUAGCUGAAAAAGAUAAACGCAAAAAACAUAAACGUAAACUCAAGAAAGACAACAAUAAAACAGUACCACCAAAUGCAUCAAGCAGUGAUAAUGCAGAGUUAGAGAAAAAUGAGAAGGAGAAAGACAAAGUCAAGUGGAAUAAGAGAAAAUGGAACAGAGACAAGAAAGGAGAAAUAGAUGAUGAAGUAAUAGCUAAUUCUGUAAUAGUUGAGAAUUUGCCAUUGAAUAUUAUGUGUAAUUAUAAGAAGUUGUUAACUGAACAUUUUCAGCAGUAUGGCAUAAUUAAAAGAAUUGGUAUUGCGGAGAUGUAUCCUGACAAAUCAACUAACAAUAACAUAACAUUCACAACCACAAUCAUCUUCUAUAGUGAUGGAGCAGCAACGAAGGCCCUAGAAGAAAACAAUAGACUGUUUGAAGGCAACAAUAUCCAAGUGAAAAAGAAACUACCGCCCGAGCAAACGACAGUAGUGGUGCGGUCCUACGCCCCCCUCACUGACCAAAAUAUCAGCACAGUGUUCUCUGAGGCGGGCUGCAUACGAAAAAUUCGGCACUUGGUUAAAGGGAAAAAGUCUAUGGAAACGGUUUUCGUGGAGUUUGAUAAACCAGAAGCGGUGGCGAAAGCUCAAGAGAUAGCCAAAGAGACCAAGAUUGAAGGUAAACGGGUCCACGUCAAUAAAUAUGAGCUGAGGAAGAAAAAAGACAAACCAGUCACUGCUGAUAGUGAAAAUGGUGAUAGUGAUCAUUCCAGUGUUUUAGUAGACUCUACUGUAUAAUAAAUGUAUAGAUGUAGCAUUUUUUUGAUGGUAAAUAUGUCUAGUCUGUUUUUUAAUCCCGGAGACAAAUUUGCUUUUUUUUUUUAAUUUAAUAUUUUACGGCUCUGGAUACAAGUCCUUUUUAGCCCAACAUAAAAUACAAAACCUUA